AUGUCGGACCUCAAAGCAACCGUCAGUGAGACCCCUCAAGGGUUCCACGUUGAGGGUUACGAGAAAAUCGAGUACGACUUUACUUUUGUGGAUGGCGUCUUCGACGUCAACAACCCCGGCCUGGCCAACUGUUACAAAAAAUGGGGCCGUGUCCUGGCCGUCACCGACAAAAACAUCUUUGGCAUCUAUGGCAAGCGUAUGCAGGAGUACUUCCAGCAUUAUGACCUAGACCUCACCGUCAAGCAGACGUCGAUUGGCGAAAAGGCAAAGACCAUUGACACCUAUCUGAGCAUCUGUGAUGCCAUGACCGACUUUGGCAUCAUCCGCAAGGAACCCGUCCUUGUGGUCGGUGGGGGUCUGGUAACUGAUGUGGCGGGAUUUGCCUGUGCCUCGUACCGCCGCAACACCAAUUUCAUCCGUGUUCCCACCACCGUCAUCGGGCUUAUCGACGCCAGUGUCAGCAUCAAGGUGGCCGUCAACCAUGGCCGCUACAAGAACCGCCUAGGCGCCUACCACGCUCCCAUACACACCUUCCUCGACUUUACGUUUUUGCGAACUUUGCCCAAGUCUCAGGUGCGCAACGGCUUCGCCGAGCUGAUCAAAAUCUCGAGCUGCGCCCACCUGCAAGUUUUUGAUCUGCUCGACAAGUACUGCGAGCAGCUUAUCGACUCCAAGUUUGGUCGGGCAGAUGGUGCACCCGCCGAGGUGCGCAGUGCCGCAGAUAUCAUUAACCGCGAGGGCAUCUAUGAGAUGCUCAAGCUCGAGUCACCCAACCUGCACGAAAUCGGCCUAGACCGCGUGAUUGCCUAUGGCCACACCUGGUCUCCCUUGCACGAACUCAUGCCCGAGACGCCCCUACGCCACGGCCACGCCAUUUCGAUUGACAUGGCUUACACGGCAACCCUCGCCAACACCCAGGGGCUGCUCAAGGACGCCGAGCACAAGCGCCUGCUAGAUCUUUUUAGCCGUGCGGGGCUAUCAAUUGACCACCCAAUGUUUGACGAACAGGUGCUCGAGAAGGGCACGGCAGCCAUCCUCAAGACGCGCGACGGCAAAUUGCGCCUCGCGGUCCCCAACCCGCUCGGUAGCUGCACCUUUCUCAAUGAUUUGUCGGCCGAGACGUUGAACGAUGCGCUCAGGAAGCACAAAGCCGUCUGCAAAACAUACCCCCGCGGAGGCGAGGGCCUGGAGGCGUACGUGGAUGCCAGCGACACGGGUUACACGGACAAUGCUGCGGAAGACCUGUCCGUCGAGGCUGCUGCAAAGGAGGCUGCUGUCGUCAACGCGGCACACACUGCCAAUGGCGGGUUCAAGGGUGCCAACGGCCAUAGCAAUAAGAAUGUCAAGAAUGGCAUCUUGCCCAAUAUUGGCGCUAUCAAGACUGGCAUCGACCUCAAUGGCCAUGGCUUGAACGGCCUGGAAAACUCCCCCCUGGUCGACGGUGUCAAGUCGGGUUUGUAA